AGCUAGCAUUACACAGGUGCUUUUCCGACGGGAUACAAUAACAACUUGUAACGCUCUCAAACAGAGCACGGAGAAGAGCAACGGUCGGUAGUCGAGAUCUGCCGCGUCACAGAAGAACCACACUAGAACCUUACAGAAAAAAACACAACUCAAAAUCUGUCAGACCAGAAGUGAACUUGAACGAGACUGAGAGAAAACGGAGCCUUUGUUUUCAGAAGCAGCAGGGAGCCGAACCGGAGGAAAAGAUUAUGAGUUUUCUGCCAUACUUCUCCGCUGAGACCUGGACCCUCCUGGCCCUCCUCAUCACCCUCAUUGUAGUGUACGGGUACUGGCCCUAUGGUGUAUUCACUAAGAUGGGUAUCCCUGGUCCCAAACCCCUACCUUACUUUGGCACAAUGAUGGAGUAUAGAAAGGGUUUCACUAACUUUGACACAGAGUGCUUUCAGAAGUACGGGAGAAUCUGGGGGAUCUAUGAUGGGAGGCAGCCUGUUCUGUGUACCAUGGACAAAAGCAUGAUCAAGACCGUCCUGAUUAAAGAGUGUCACAACAUCUUCACCAACCGCAGAAACUUUGCGUUUCUGAACGGUGAGAUGUUUGACGCGGUGUCCGUUGCCGAGGACGAUGCAUGGAGACGGAUCCGCAGUGUCCUCUCACCUUCCUUUACCUCUGGACGACUAAAAGAGAUGUUUGGUAUCAUGAAGCAGCACUCUGCUAACCUGCUGAAUGGAAUGAAGAAGCAGGCAGAUAAAGACCAGACCAUCGAAGUGAAGGAGUUCUUUGGGCCCUACAGUAUGGACGUGGUCACCAGCACAGCUUUCAGUGUGGACAUUGACUCUCUGAACAACCCUUCAGACCCCUUCGUCUCCAACGUCAAGAAAAUGACCAAGUUUGACAUGUUCAACCCACUGUUGCUCCUAUUCGUUUUGUUUCCCUUCAUAGGUCCUAUCUUGGAGAAGAUGAAGUUUUCUUUCUUCCCGUCUGCGGUGACAGACUUCUUUUACGCCUCGCUGGCUAAGAUCAAAUCUGGACGUGACACUGGGAACUCAACUAGUCGGGUGGAUUUCUUACAACUGAUGAUCGACUCUCAGAAAGGCAACGACACGAAGACAGGAGGGGAACCGACUAAAGGACUGACUGAUCAUGAGAUCUUGUCUCAGGCCAUGAUCUUCAUCUUCGCCGGCUACGAGACCAGCAGCAGUACUAUGAGUUUCCUGGCCUAUAACCUGGCAACAAAUCCCCACACCAUGACCAAACUGCAGGAGGAGAUUGAUACUGUGUUCCCCAACAAGGCUCCAAUCCAGUACGAAGCUCUGAUGCAGAUGGACUAUUUGGACUGUGUGUUGAAUGAGUCUCUGAGACUGUACCCCGUCAUGCUGCGACUGGAGAGGGUCGCCAAGAAGACGGUGGAGAUCAACGGCAUCGUCAUCCCCAAAGACUGCAUUGUCCUGGUUCCCACGUGGACCCUCCACCGUGACCCAGAGAUCUGGUCCGACCCUGAGGAGUUCAUGCCAGAGAGGUUCAGUAAGGAGAACAAGGAGUCUAUUGAUCCGUACACGUACAUGCCAUUUGGGGCGGGGCCCAGGAACUGUAUCGGGAUGCGCUUCGCCCUGAUGAUGAUCAAACUGGCCAUGGUCGAGAUCCUCCAGAGUUUCACUUUCUCCGUCUGCGACGAGACCGAGAUCCCAUUGGAGAUGGACAAGCAGGGUUUGCUGAUGCCCAAACGACCAAUCAAACUGAGGCUGGAGUCCCGUAGCAACACCCUUAGCAAUACCACCGCCACCUCUCUGACAAGUCCAACAGCAUGACCGAAUGCAGUAGCACCCUACCCUGUUGUACCCCCUCUCUCUCUCUCUCUCUCUCUCUCUCUCUCUCCCCACACACAAAAGGGCUUUACUACAGACAGAAAUACUUCUCCGCACGCCCCCUCUCCCCACUAAUGAUCCUGAGCUGGUGUGGUUACAUGUGGUCUGCCGUUGUGAGGCCGGUUGGACGUGCUGCCAAAUUUUCUAUCUAUCUAUCUAUCUAUCUAUCUAUCUAUCUAUCUAUCAGCUACUGAAUAUUCAGUUCUUUUCCUGACCCUGCUAUAGGCUACUGAAUAUUCAGGCUGGGAUUCAAUAGGGUACUUAAUAUAAUAUGAUAAUAAGAACUGCAUUCAUGAUAAAUGUUGCAUAUGUCAGUUCAAUCGGAAAUUACCUUUAAAAUGGCACAUAGCUGACAAAGCGCUGGGAUUGAAUCCUGGUCUCAGUCUCAUGCUUGGUUUGAGUAGGACUCAGAAACCAAUUUCCACCAGAUAAAAGAGAGAUAGUAAUAGUAUGGAUGCAUUAGAGGUACAUGUCUUGUUAAAGUUAGACACCAGGAGGUAGUAAAUCCAUGGCAUGAUGUCAUGUCUGGAUCCUGCACACUACUGGCUGGUGGCUGGAAUUCUCCUAGAAUGUAGAACUCUAGCUGGUGUUCUCUAGAACUGUACUCUCAUUCUGUUCCUCUGGGUGUUCUGCUGUCCAAUCAUUCCAAAAUAUAAUCUUUACUGUCUGUUGAGAUGAUCCCUGCAGCUGCUUGGUUUUAACUUUAAUCAUCACAAACCAAUAAAAUCAUCACACUAAUGAA